AUCCCCACUUAAAGAUCUCAGUGUCACACAUAGACCAUACAUCUCACUUCGCCAAAAAAAUUUCGUCAACAGUUGAAGUUAUACCCAUGGCAAAACUACUCUUGGGUUUGCUCCUUGCCCUUGCUAUUCUAGGGACAACAUCGGCUGCUGGUUGUGUACAAGACGCGGAAGACAUGAAACGAGAGUGCAAGCAGUUUGAGCUAUUCCCAGCGAACCCAAAGUUGCCACCGUCGGCAGCAUGUUGUGCUGUGUGGAAGAGGGCAGAUGUUCCAUGCCUAUGCAAAUAUGUUAACAAGGAAGUAGAGAAGGUAUGGUGCAUGGAGAAGGUUGUGUACGUCGCCAACUAUUGUAAGAGGCCGUUUCAACCUGGCUACAAGUGCGGGAGUUAUACAGUUCCUCUUAGUAUGUAAAAGGAGUGGUUGGGACAUGUGGUACUCUCUCCUAGAACUUUAAUUUGAGAUUUGUAACAUGUGAGAGACUAUUGAGAAUAAUAUGUAUGGAGUAAUAUGCUUCCUUCUUUUAAACUGAUCUAAUUACUUCCUUGGUUUUGUGUUUUAAA